ACCCCAUUUCCCUAAAAACUGAAAAAAUCCAUGUAGUCCUCACGGAUCUUUCAAUUCCAGCACAAAAUCCAAGAUUCUUGAAAAAGGGUGUUGAAAAAAUCUGAUUUUUCUGGCAUUUUUGGUGUGAGAAAUGGUGGUGAAGAUGAUGAAAUGGCGUCCAUGGCCACCUCUCAUUUCUAAGAAAUUUGAGGUUAAGAUUUUUGUAGGAAAGGUUGAGAAUUUGGUGUGUGAGGUGUCUUCUAGCGGUGGUGUUGCGGUGGAGAUCAGGUGGAAAGGGCCACCAAAAAUAGCUUUGAGUUCUUUUAGAAAGACAGUGAAGAGGAACUGUACUAGAGAAGAAAUGGUGAAAAAUGGACCAAACGGUGGCGUUUUGGUGGAAUGGGAUGAAGAAUUUCAGAGUUUAUGUAAUUUGUCUGGUUAUAAAGACAAUGUGUUUCAUCCAUGGGAGAUUGCCUUCACUGUAUUGAAUGGUAUGAAUGGGAAGAAUAAGGCACCUAUUGUUGGUUCAGCUGUCUUAAAUGUUGCUGAAUUUGCUGCCAAGAUAGAGGAGAGAGAAUUUAAACUGAACAUUCCACUGGUUGUUCCAGGGGGUGCUUCCGAUACUCGGCCCAUGCUUUGUAUAUCGCUUAGCUUGUUCGAACUAAGAGCUACCCAAGAGUCGACAGAGUUGGUUCAGAGGCCACUAGCUCCUGUCCAAUCUCCAGCACGGUCCGUAGAAACUCCACCAGUAGAAAAGGAUGAGCUUUCUGCGCUCAAAGCUGGCCUCAGAAAGGUUAAAAUAUUUACGGAGUAUGUAUCAACUCGGAGAGCAAAGAAAGCUUGUCGAGAAGAGGAGGGUAGUGAAGAAAGAAGCUCAGCGAGGAGCGAAGAGGGGGAAUAUGCAUAUCCUUUUGAUUCUGAGUCCAAUGAUGAGUAUGAAGAAGGAGAGUCAGAUGAGGCAAAGGAGGAUCCUACUGUUAGGAAGUCAUUUAGUUAUGGUCCAUUGGCUUAUGCGAAUUGUGCAGGAGUUUCUUUUCAUUCUAGUACAAGGGUCAACGGUGAGGGUGAGGAUUGGGUUUACUUUAGCAACCGUAGAUCAGAUGUGGGCUGCUCACAAAUGGAUGACCAGGUCACCUGUGCUUCUGAUCUUGUAGUUUUGCAGAAUUCAAAGCGCAGUAUCCUUCCUUGGAGGAAGAGGAAGCUGAGCUUUAGAUCUCCUAAAUCGAAGGGGGAACCGUUGUUGAAGAAGGAUAAUGGGGAAGAAGGUGGAGAUGAUAUUGACUUCGAUCGUCGGCAGCUCAGUUCUGAUGAAGCUCUUUCAUUUGGGCAGGUACACAAGGUGGAGGAAGACUCGACUGCUAAUCGAUCUUCAGUAUCUGAGUUUGGUGAUGACAAUUUUGCUGUUGGCUGUUGGGAACAGAAAGAGAUAGUAAGUCGGGAUGGACACAUGAAGCUUCAAACUCAGGUGUUCUUUGCUUCCAUUGACCAGCGCAGUGAACGAGCUGCUGGAGAAAGUGCAUGCACAGCCCUUGUGGCUGUGGUUGCUGAUUGGUUGCAGAACAAUCGCGAUCUCAUGCCAAUUAAAUCACAGUUUGAUAGCUUAAUUAGAGAAGGUUCAUUAGAAUGGAGGAAACUUUGUGAAAAUGAGAAAUACAGGGAACGGUUCCCUGACAAACACUUUGAUCUGGAGACGGUCCUUCAAGCCAAAAUUCGCUCCAUAUCUGUCGUGCCAGAGAAUUCCUUUGUCGGUUUUUUCCACCCUGAUGGGAUGGAUGAAGGAGGAUUUGAUUUCUUGCAUGGUGCCAUGUCAUUCGACAAUAUCUGGGAUGAAAUUAGCCGCGCUGGAUUACAGUAUGCUUCUGUGCGUGAACCACAAAUCUAUAUCGUCAGCUGGAACGAUCAUUUUUUUGUCCUGAAGGUUGAAGCUGAAGCUUACUACAUCAUCGAUACCUUAGGUGAAAGACUCUAUGAAGGCUGCAAUCAAGCUUACAUUCUGAAGUUUGAUAAGGAAACAACCAUCUAUAAACAGCCGGACACUACACAGUCGACAGAAGAAAAACCUGCUGUGGAUCAGCAAACUAUUUCUACCACAGCGGAGACAAAACUUAGCGAUGGUCCUCAUGCAAAUGCAACGCAUGGUUCUCUAGAGAGUGAAGCUGUGAACGAAUCAGAUGAACCAUUGAAGGCUGAGAGCGCAGAAGAAAUUAUCUGUCAAGGCAAAGAGUCAUGCAAAGACUACAUCAAGAGUUUUUUGGCUGCCAUACCAAUCAGGGAACUGCAGGCAGAUAUCAAGAAGGGUUUGAAAACAUCAACCCCUCUUCAUCAGCGGCUUCAGAUUGAACUUCAUUUCACUCAUUUACAACAACAACCACUCAUAACUACUCCGGCAAUAGAGAUAGCAACGGCUGCACAAGAACCGCCUGCAGUUGCAAUGACUGAGAUCUCGGCGUAAGAGUCUUUUCAACUGUAAAUUUUAAGAAGUGUGUGAUAGUUUCUAACUAGUUUUCGUUCUGUCGUUAGUGAUGUUUUGUGUUGCAUUAGAGUAAAGAUAGUGUUAAGCCUUUUAGGGAAGUAAAAGUUUGUAAAUCAACCUUCUGUCUUGGACUUAUAAUAGAUGGUUUCUAACUUCUGUUUUUGUA